UGUUCCGAACAGGGCCACCAACGCAACGCCUUACCAUCGUGUGGCGAGCCAAAUGGGGAAGAUUUUCACAGAAAAGCAAAAAUCGUGAUCGGCAGCGCUCUUCUCAUCUCACAUUCGAUUUUCGCAUCAAACAAACAGAACAUUUCGAGCUCAAUCGAGCUUAAUUUAAUCGAAACAAUAACCCUUUUGAUUGUCUUUACUCUCAGCCGGCAAUUCUCCUGGGUUGACCUUACCCGCUUGGGUUCUUCUUAUAAGGCGUUUCUACGAGCAAAUCGUAUUGAAACGCCGAGACCAUGGAUCUAGGCGAAGAGGCGCGAUUGCUAGUUAGUAACGCGCCAAUUCGAGCUACGGUGAAUCAUGCGAGAGAUGUUCAUGUUUUGAGCUUUGCUUUUCUCUUAAUUUUCCUUGCUUAUGGAGCUGCGCAGAACCUGGAGAGCACUGUUAAUACAGAGGAGGAUCUGGGAACUACCUCCCUCGGGGUAUUGUAUUUAUCUUUCACGUUUUUCUCUCUGGUGGCUUCCUUGGUGGUUCGAGCUUUGGGGACUAAGAACGCUUUGGUUCUUGGAACUACUGGUUAUUGGUUGUUCAUAGCUGCAAAUUUGAAGCCAACAUGGUUUACAAUGAUUCCUGCUUCUGUCUACCUUGGCUUUGCUGCUUCAAUAAUAUGGGUUGGGCAGGGUACAUAUCUCACUUCAACUGCACGUAAUCAUGCGAGAAACAAUGGCUUACAUGAAGGAACUAUCAUUGGCAACUUCAAUGGAGAGUUUUGGGGAGUAUUUGCAAGUCACCAGGUCAUUGGAAAUAUCAUCUCUCUCGUUGUUCUGAAAAAUGAAACAGAUGGAAGAACCAAUGGAACAACUAUAUUGUUCAUUAUCUUCCUUUGCAUUGUGACGUUAGGUAUAGCACUUAUGUGCUUCUUAAGGAAGGAAGACAGUAAAGAAGAAGAACCCUCAUUGUCCUCGUCCAGCCUACGCGCCUCUAUAUUGUCUUUGUCAAAGUCGGUUGUUGCUCCGCUAACUAACGUAAGAAUGAUCUUGGCCAUUCCUCUGAUAGGAUAUUCAGGACUACAGGCGGCAUUUGUUUGGGCCAAGUUCACGAAACAAGUCGUCACACCAUCUCUUGGCGUGUCGGGGGUUGGUGGUGCGAUGGCAAUUUAUGGAGCCUCCGAUGCAAUUUGUUCAUUGGUUGCUGGUCGUCUUACAUCUGGGCUCCCAUCAAUCACUUUCUUAGUAUCUGGUGGAACUGUUGUUCAAGCCAUUGUUUUUACUUGGCUUCUACUGGGACAGAGCGAAACACUUGGCGCUGUAUACCUGCUUCUCAUAUCAGCCUUACUUGGGAUUGGUGAUGGAGUUUUCAACACACAGCUGAAUGCUCUGAUCGGAAUACUCUUCAAACAUGACACGGAAGGAGCCUUCGCCCAGCUGAAGGUCUGGCAGAGCGCGACCAUUUCGGUCGUCUUCUUUCUCAGUCCAUACAUUUCGAUGGACACAAUGCUGGUGAGUAUACUUUCUGUUCUUUGCCUCUCAUAUGUUUGUUUUCUGACUUUAACUGUUCGGGUAGAGAAAUCAUUCUCUUCAACAUUCUAAUGUAACGUCUACACACAUAAUGUGUGUGCCUACAUUUAUGUUAUUGCUGCGAAACAAAUAUUCCAAACAUGUCUUAAUUCAAAGAACUCGGAUUCAAUUCA